GAGAGCUACGAGACCGCUCGCACGAACGCCAGGCAAGGAGCGGAGCCGCUGCCCGCGGCGUGGCCACCGCUGCGUCCCUUCCUCCCGGGGACCGGAGCGGGCAUCCCCGGAUCCCGUUCCCGCACAUCCCCGGAUCCCAUCGGAUCCGAUCCGCACAUCCCCGGAUCCCGGUGGGUCCGACCCGGGCAUCCCCCGGUCCCAGCGGGUCCCAUCCACUCAUUCCCCCCGAUCCCAGCGGGUCCGGCCCGCGCAUCCCCGGCUCCGGGCGGGUCGGAUCAGCGCAUCCCCGGCUCCCGGCGGGUCGGAUCAGCGCAUCCCCGGCUCCGGGCGGGACGGAUCAGCGCAUCCCCGGCUCCCGGCGGGUCGGAUCAGCGCAUCCCCGGCUCCCGGUGGGCGGAGGCGCUGGCGCGGUUCCUCCCUGCCCCGCCUGAACCCUUUCAUGACCCGCCUGCCCCGCGGGCUCGGCGGGCAGGGCCGGGGCAGCCGCCCCACCUCACCCCACCCAGGGCUCCCAUUGGCGCGGAUGAAAGUCCAGCACCUCGGGCUGCUAUAAAUGCACCUAUGCACGGCCGCGGGCCGGCACCGCGGCCAUGGGCGGCUGCAGCAUCCUCCUCCUCCUCCUCCCCCGGCUCCCCGCCCGCACCUGCGGCCGCGCCGCGUCCUCGCUGAGCGCGCUGCGGCCGGCGGAGACGCUGCCGGGGCCGCCCAGCUGGCCGCUGAUGGGCAGCCUGCCCGACGUGCUCUGGAAAGGGGGGCUCAAGAGGCAACACGAGACCCUGGCUCAGUACCACCGGCGCUUCGGGAAGAUUUUCCGCAUGAAGCUGGGCGCCUUCGACUCGGUGCACAUCGCGGCGCCCUGCCUGCUGGAGGCUCUGUCGCGCGAGAGCGCCUGCCCCCAGCGCCUGGAGAUCAAGCCCUGGAAAGCCUAUCGCGACUAUCGCGACGAGGGCUACGGGCUGCUCAUCCUGGAGGGAAAGGACUGGCAGAGGGUGAGGAGCGCCUUUCAGAAGAAAUUAAUGAAGCCCGCGGAAGUUGUGAAACUGGAUACGACCAUCAAUGAGGUCCUGGAGGAUUUUAUGCACAGAAUAGAUGAAAUUUGUGACCACAAUGGCCAGAUGGAAGAUGUCUACUCAGAAUUCAACAAAUGGUCUUUUGAAAGUAUCUGUCUGGUGCUGUAUGGGAAGAGGUUUGGCCUCCUGCAGCAGGACGUGGAAGAGGAAAGCCUGAACUUCAUCAAGGCUGUAAAAACGAUGAUGGCCACCUUCGGGAUGAUGAUGGUGACCCCCGUGGAGCUGCACAAGGGGCUCAACACCAAGGUCUGGCAAGCUCACACCAAAGCAUGGGACGAUAUAUUUAAAACAGCCAAGCACUCCAUCGACUGCCGGCUGCAGAAGCACUCGGCCAACCCGCAGGAGGAUUUUCUGUGUGACAUCUACUCGGGGGGGCUCCUGUCCAGGAAGGAGCUCUACGCUGCCAUCGCCGAGCUGCAGAUCGCCGGCGUCGAGACGACAGCCAACAGUUUGCUGUGGGCUCUGUACAACCUUUCCCGCAAUCCACACGUCCAGCAGAAGCUUUUCCAGGAAAUCCAGAGAGUUUUGGGUGCCCAGAAGAGCCCGAGUGCUGAGAGCCUGAGGGACAUGCCUUACCUGAAAGCCUGCCUGAAAGAAUCCAUGAGGUUAAGUCCAUCAGUGCCUUUCACCACUCGCACCAUCGACACGGAAAUGGUUCUGGGAAAUUACGUGCUGCCCAAAGGGACGGUGCUGAUGAUCAACAGCCACGCCCUGGGCUGCAGCGAGGAGUACUUCAGGGGCUGGGCUGAGUUCAGGCCCGAGCGCUGGCUGCAGAAGGGCUCCAUCCACCCCUUCUCCCACGUCCCCUUCGGCAUCGGCAAGAGGAUGUGCGUGGGGCGCCGCGUGGCAGAGCUGCAGCUGCACCUGGCCCUCUGCUGGCUGAUCCGCAAGUACCGCGUGGUGGCCACGGACCAGGGCCCGGUGGAGACGCUGCACUCAGGAAUCCUCAUCCCCAGCCGGGCGCUGCCCAUCGCCUUCCGCCCGCGGGCAGGUUCCAGAAAAUAAAGGACAGCCCUGCUGCUGCCUCCUCUUAAAAGAGAGAGAGAUCAGCUGUGGAAGUGAAAGCUCUGGAGGCUCCAGCAGCCAGGGAGGAACUGCCCCACAUCCCUGGAGCCACUGCUGAGCCAGGAACAGCACCAGGAGAAGCUCCCAGGCUGAUUUAUUGGGAAAAUGUGCUUAAAAAGAGAGAAAAGCACCAAAUGCUUUCAUAGACCUGUGGAAAUGCAGGGAUUUAGUGCAGCUGAGGAGCCCUGGAGGUUGUUUAAAGCCCAGUUUGGGGAGAGCUGCCUCCAGUCUGGGACCAGGCACGGCUGGACUGGCCCUGGGAGCUCAGAGAGGGAGAGGAAACUGCCUCAGACCUCCUCGAGUCACCAGUGCCAUGAGAAGGGGUUGGGGAUCUGGAAAAAGGCUAAAGCAGGGCUGGGAAUUGGGGAUAAGGACAGAAAUACAUUUUCUUGGCAUUCUUCACUGCCUGGAUGGGAGGGAAACAGGGACAAAGGCACCGACAGGGUUGGUGGCUUUGCUUUGAGCAGUUGCAGUCCUGUGCCUGACACACCCUCUGCUCUUCCCCGUGGAUUUCCCUCCCUCCAGCUCCUGCACAACCCAUUUUAUCCCACUUUUAUAGUAAAAAUAGAAUGGUCUUUCCUUGCAUGGAAAGGCCUGAGCCACUGGAACCCCGUGGGUUCUGCCUCUGCCGCUGAUCCUAACAGGAGAUCAAUAACAAAAUGAUGCUUCCAAGGACAAUUCCACAGGAAAUGGGGACCCAAAACAUUCCCAAGGGGUCUGUUUCUGGUGGAGACUGCGAUGUCUGAAGGUUCAAAUUGUCACUGCCCUGCAUGCAAUGCUGGAUUUUGGCUGUUAUGGCCACUGGUUUUACACUUUUGUAGUUUCAAGCACAGCUUUAUCUCCGUAUAUAACCCUGAAUUUAUUUUUUUACAUGUUGAAAUGAUGUAAGUUUUUAGUAUUUGUUGGUGUGUCUCUUGUUUUUCGUUUGUUUGUUCUCCUCUGUUUUGCUCAGACAUGUAAAUGUACCCCCAGAACAAUGUAUGAA